AUGUCUGAUGAAGAUGAUAACUAUGAUGACUUCAUGCUAUCGGAUGACGAGGGCAUGGAGUCCAUUGAAAUGGAAGAAGAAACCGGAGAUGAAGAUGAAGAAAUGUAUAAAUCAAAUGAAGACAAUAAUCAAGAUGAUCAAGAACAAAGGAUGGAACAAUAUGUACAACAUGUUCAAGACACAUUCGAAAAAAAAAACGGCAAAAAGGCAGAAGAUAUUUGCGGAAAACUCUUUGAAGAAGCUCGAAACCUCAAAGAGGACGAACAAUAUAAAGAAGCCCGUGAUUCAUUUUUAAGAAUCUAUCAUAUGGAAGAAUUUUCAUCUGAGGAAAAUAUAGACAGACUCAUGACAUGGAAAUUCAAGUCACUGAAUGAAAUACUACAUUUAAGAGCCUUACAGCUUUAUUAUCGGAAAACUGGUGUACAAAAUCUAGUUCUCCAAGUUUUAGAAGACACAGCUACUAUGUCUUUUUUUUUACAAAGAAUAGACUUCCAAAUUGAUGAGAACAUAUUUGAAUUGCUUUCAAACACUUUUGAGGUGUUAGCGCCUAAGUGGGAAAGAGUAUUCUUGUUUGAUAUUGAGAAAAUUGAUAAAGAAAACAUGAUUUGCAAAAUCGGGUUUCAAAAGAAAUUCAUGGAUCAGUUUCAAUGGAUAUUAAAAAAAUCUGGUAAAAAUUUCAAACUUCAGAAUCUCCAGCGUAUAAUCAGGAAGAAAUUAUUUAUUGCCAUCGUUUGGCAUCAAAGGUUGACUGUGGGGAAUGUGUUUAUUCCAGAAAUUUCUUCCCAAGUACAGAUUACCGACCAGGAUAAUGAAUGUACAUCUUUUGAAGAGAAUACUGAUCUAGAGAGCGUAUCUAUGUUUCUACAGUAUUAUAUACUGGAAUAUAUGCAAACCGCACUAAUAGACAAUAGAAAUUUGUUUAAGAAGUGUAUUGACUACUUUGAAAAGAUGAUAUCUCGGUCGCUUACCUUUUCACAAGAGUCUGGAUUGAUGGUGAUAUUGUAUACCUCCAAGACGAUUUGGAUUUUAGAUUCUGAUUCAGAAAAUGAUAUAUUCUUCGCACUGAUGAAUUAUUAUGAUCGAAAAGAAGAACUAAAAAAUAUGUUCCUCAAUAUUUUGAAACACUUGGAAGAGAUGGGGAAACUUCGAGAGGGAGAUAUUACUUCUUCAUUCCACAAGUUUGUGCUUAGUGGUUUCAUUUUUACAAGCAUGAUAUUAGAAGCCAUCAGUAAAGAUAAAAUCAAUCCAUUUGAUUUUCAACAAGUGAAGAUUGCCCUAGGCAGUCCAAUUGUUAAUGCACUGAAAACUGUAUACAAAUGUUUCGGACAGCUCGAAUUAAAGGAAUUGAAUGCCAACAUAUCCCGUAUUUCUGAAUUAUCUGUAGUAUUAGGUGGAAUCAUACAAGAUAUUUAUUAUCUCGCCCAAACAUUAAAAUUAUGGAGGAGAAUUGCACAACUAUACUCUUGUAUCUCCAUCAAUGACAUUAUAGGUAUGCUACAAAUAAGUGAUGAUAAUGAAAUGACAAGAGAUGACUUGUUGACAAUCCUGAUGAAAUCGAUAAUGAAGGAUAGAUCAGUUGUGUAUUUUAAGAUAGACUUGACAAGUGAUUUAGUUUACUUCGGAGACGAAAAUAAGGUCAUGCUGCCGAGAUGUUCUAAAGAAGAGUUUCGUUUAACAAGCUCUCCCAAGGAUGGGGAACCAUCGACAAAUGCUAAACUUAUAGAUUUUGAGUACGUCAACGACGUUGGAAUUUAUAAUAGUCCAACAAGGAUAAGAACCAAAUCCUCUAAGGAUUUCUUUAAUUCAUUAAGAAAAACGAGGGAAACAGUAAAGUUGCCUAGAGUAAAAAUCAAGUCGAAUGAAGACACAUUCCUACCAUCAUAUAUGAAAUUUGCUAACAAGUAUUUAGAACUUACCAAAUUGGCGUCCAACAACCUGGUUUAG